AUACAGUAAACUCCACCCACCAAUGGGAAAGCUUAAACUAACAAACUCAAUGUCUGGGCGCUCUUGUCGAGUAUCUCAGACUAUGUCAUGUUAUUUGAAGAUGAUUUAGUGGAACCAGUUGGAUGAUUGUAUGGACUGUAGGCUACAAUGCUGUUUUCUCAAAGAAAAAAACUGAAGGUGACGCUGCUGCAUCUCUUCGUACUCUGUUCAGCCCAGCAUUCAGCCCAACCUGAGACUCGGCAGGUGAAUGGCAUCGUGGGAACGGUUUUCUAUUUUCCAGAAAGGGUGUUGAACUCUGGCAAUUUACUUUAUGGAGACCUUGGCAGUAUUGCACAUGUGUACCCUGGUAAACAAAGUAAUACAAACCUUGAGAAGAGAUAUAAAAACCACCUUCACUGGAACAAUGUUACUGGAGUCUUCACUUUGUCAGACCUACAAAUAUAUGAUUCUGGGGUUUAUACUGUGGAGAAUACAGAUGAAGGGAAGACAAAACAUAUAUUUCAGCUGACUGUGUACUAUGUUCUGUCCAAACCUCAGGUGACGGUCCAUGAUGACAUCUCCUGUAGCGUGAUGUGUUCUGUGGAGAACGGGAGAGAGGUGACCCUGUCCUGGUACAAAGGAGGGGAGAUCCUCAACCAGACCAGCAGCCCUGACCACAACAUCACCCUCUCUCUACCUCUCAAGUUGGAUGAACAGAACAGAGACUCUUACAGAUGUGAGGCUGCCAACCCAGUCAGCAAGGAGACAGCUGUUGUUCCACAUUCCUGUAUAGAGAGUGAUCCCUCUAAGGUGACAGAUGGUGAUGAGAGGACUCGAGGUUGUCUUAUUAUUGCUGUAAUCUGUGUUCUGGUGGCUUCAGGACUUGUUGGUUUUGCAAUAUAUCUUAAGAAGAGGAGAAACGGACACUCACAUGCAGAUUCACCUGAAAGAAAGCAAGAUGAUGUUCAGUAUGCAGAGAUAACUCACAUUAAACCAGCAGAAAACCAGGAGGAGCGAACAGGUAUACAAGGACUGGAGUCACUUAGAGACAACCCUAACCUGACAUUAGUUUAUUAUACACUCCGGUAACAUCACAUGGCUGCCAGCGAGGAUGUUGACACUGCAUGAAGGAGAGGGAACAGGAAGUUAAUGAGAGGGUGACAUGAUAAUCCACAUCCAAGAGAAAGCGUUACAUCUUAGUGGACUUUGAGACAAGAUUAUAGUAAAUAUUCAUCUCGAAAACUUUUGCACAGUUGUUCCUGGAGAAAAUUCCCAUUUAACCAUUGAAGUCUUGUUAUCAUUUCAAACCUCCUUUGUUGGUCAUUCUCAGUCUCUUGUUGAAUUGGGGCCUCGAUGAGAUUCACUGAUGCAGACAAAUUAAAUAACUAUACCUAUAGGGUUAUAAGUAGGGUGAUCCCUCUUUUCAAGUGCCCAUUAUCCCAAUGUAUAGAUCAAAACAAAUGGAACCUCUUUUAAUACAAUUCACUAGUGUGUUUGCUACGCUACAGCUGGGCCGAAACUUCUUUUCAGUAUUGUCUGUCCUGUUGUUUAAAUGUAGGUGCCUCCCCUGUAUCUUUUUAUAGCUGGUCAUUGUUUAGCUUGCCAGUGGAUAGCAGCUGUGUACAAAAAAAGCAGAUGUUUGGUGAGAUAUAGCCGCCUACUCCUCAGCACAAUGGCUAUUGGGCUAUGUUGGAAACCACCAUAUAUAUUAUGUUGAAACAUUUCUGAGUGGUAGAUCUUGAUUUGCCUUUUGACUCAGAAAGUGACCUUUGGUGAGAUUUUACUGUUAUUGCUUUUCACAAAAUGCAGACAUGAUUAAGUGUAGUUCAGAUCUUGCUUUGACUACAACUGUGUUCAUGCAGUUUGAAUGUACGAAAGUCAGAGUUUAGUUUAUUAAGAAGGACCUUUUAUUGCUUGUCCUUAUCUAGGUACACAGUAUGUAGCUCAUGAUCUCUUAAGAAUACAAUCACUCCCUCCUGCAGACUCCCCUAUUAGAGCAUGUUGUGCUCCACCUACAUUAGCCCACAUACAGUAUACAGUGGGGCAAAAAAGUAUUUAGUCAGCCACCAAUUGUGCAUGUUCUCCCACUUAAAAAGAUGAGAGAGGCCUGUAAUUUUCAUCAUAGGUACACUUCAACUAUGACGGACAAAAUGAAAAAAGAAAAUCCAGAAAAUCACAUUGUAGGAUUUUUUAUGAAUUUAUUUGCAAAUUAUGGUGGAAAAUAAGUAGUUGGUCACCUACAAACAAGCAAGAUGUAUGGCUCUCACAGACCUGUAACUACUUCUUUAAGAGGCCUCCACUCGUUACCUGUAUUAAUGGCACCUGUUUGAACUUGUAAUCAGUAUAAAAGACACCUGUCCACAACCUCAAACAGUCACACUCCAAACUCCACUAUGGCCAAGAUCAAAGAGCUGUCAAAGGACACCAGAAACAAAAUUGUAGACCUGCACCAGGCUGGGAAGACUGAAUCUGCAAUAGGUAAGCAUCUUGGUUUGAAGAAAUCAACUGUGGGAGCUAUUAUUAGGAAAUGGAAGACAUACAAGACCACUGAUAAUCUCCCUCGAUCUGGGGCUCCACGCAAGAUCUCACCCCGUGGGGUCAAAAUGAUCACAAGAACGGUGAGCGAAAAUCCCAGAACCACACGGGGGGAAGUAGUGAAUGACCUGCAGAGAGCUGGGACCAAAGUAACAAAGCCUACCAUCAGUAACACACUACGCCGCCAGGGACUCAAAUCCUGCAGUGCCAGACGUGUCCCCCUGCUUAAGCAGUACAUGUCCAGGCCCGUCUGAAGUUUGCUAGAGAGCAUUUGGAUGAUCCAGAUGAAGAUUGGGAGAAUGUCAUAUGGUCAGAUGAAACCAAAAUAGAUAUUUUUGGUAAAAACUCAACUCGUCGUGUUUGGAGGACAAAGAAUGCUGAGUUGCAUCCAAAGAACACCAUACCUACUGUGAAGCAUGGGGGUGGAAACAUCAUGCUUUGGGGCUGUUUACAGAAAAUGUUUCAGAGGAGCUAGCCAACAACACAGCUAACACAAUUACUUCCAUUUCUUUGUAUAUAUAUAUGUAUGUAUGUAUAUAUCAUAAAAAUGAUGCCCGCUGAUUCAUGAUUUUGACAGGCUGAGAAACUCUGCCUAAUUUUCUCUCUCGUCCCAACUCCCGACCCCUACACAUUCAUUACUAUGGGACAGUUGGAGAUCAAAUCUGAAUAUUGAAAAAAUAUUGCAUAUGUUGGAGAGACAGGCAACAAGGUUUAUAGAAAUCUCCGCUGUUGAUAACUAAAUGUUAGUCGAAAAGAAAUGUGAGAUAAUGUCUAGAUGCUUUUUGUAGUGGAGAUCAAGUUUAUAAAUUGCUUGGCUGAAUCUCGCCGAAGAUGGUGCCUCUUCCUGUUCCGCGGCGCUCGGCGGUCGUAGUCGCCGGGCUAUUAGCUGCCAUCGAUUCCCUUUCCGUUUGUUUCUGUUUAUUGGGUUUAAUUGGUUACACCUGUUUUGAGUUAGGUUUUGUUUGUAGGCUAUUUAGGGCACUAGGCCCGCUGGGUAUUUGUGCGGGCUUGUUUCCUGUUAUCGAUGUAUGAGUGUUAUCAGUAUUUUUCCGGACAGGUUUUAGUCCGGUGUAUUUUUGGGACGGGUUGUUUCAUGCGCCCUGGUGUUUUGCAUGUCGUGGAAUCACAGUCUAUGGAAUAAAAUAUCCACGUACUGAAUUACCUGCUCUCUGCGCUUGACUCCUCCACUCGCCAUCAUUAGAAGUUGUAACAGGCUGAUGAGACAGUGGAUUGCGCAGUCAGAUGGAACAGAGUAAAUAGGCAUUUUAACGUCAUAGAUUUAUCCGGAGGAAACCUGUGGAAUAGACACCGGCUGGAAUAUGCAUUUAACCAAUCAGCAUUCAGGAUUAGACCCACUCGUUGAAUAAUAUGUCAUGUUUUGUGUUUUGUGUGGACCCCAGGAAGAGUAGCAGCUGCUUUUGCAACAGCUGAUGGGGAUCCUAAUAAAUGUCCAAAUACCAAAUGUAGCCUACUGCUAGCGUCAAAUUAGGAGGGACCACUGUAAUUGUUGAGUGGUUUUCAAGUGUAUUUCUCUAUUUAUUGAGUUUAAGUGUAUUUGGGACAUUUUGUCCUGUUACUUUUAAUGCCAGGCAGCUGUACAUUUCUAAUAUUAAAAUAUUGACUAAUCCUAUUAAAAUUCAAGCAUUGCUUUCAAGGCAACAAUGUGUUAUUCUUCUAAUGUAUUUUCCACAUAUAGUGGUUUAACAUUUUUAUAUUUCAGUAUACUGUAUACUGUACUGUACAUAUUACACCAUGUUGUACUCUGAGCCAGUGUACCGUAUAGUGUAAGUCUUGAAAGAUGUGUCAGCAAAAUGUACUCAAACCUUUCUAUGCUUUUACAUUUGGACUGUGCUCAUGCAUUAUUGUGCCAAAUUUAUAUUUUAUAUAAAAACAUGUCUUGUAUAUUAUGCCAUGCCAAAUAUAAUUUUAAUCACAUUUGGUCAGAAAACACGAGUGCCUAAUUUAUCAUUCUGUGCAUUUAUGUGAUGUUUUUUUUCCACAAAGAUGUUUUGUUAAAUAACAUGUAUAUUUUAUAUUUUAAAAACAACUUUACGAUAAAGUGGUCUGACGUAACAUCACCAUCUUUUCAAAUCUCUGAUCAUGGUCGAUAAUGCAUUGUUUAGCCAGCUACACCUGUGCUUCAUAAAUUAACUGCCCACUUCCAACACUUGCUCUGGAAAAAAAUGCUUCCCACAAUCUCUUUCACUUGCUGAGUUUCAGACUGGGCUGAAUGCUGGGCUUCAGAGAGUAGAUAGCUUAGAUAUCUCAGUAUCAACACACUUCUCACAAAGUACAGUAUAUAUUAUAUACGUAAGCUACAAUAUUUUGAGCCUGUUUUUUUCCAGGUAAAACCCCCAAAAACGGCAGUCUUUUUUUGCUCAUGCUGCAACACUUGUCUGGAAACUAACUGCAGUAUGUUCACCCAUUUCACUUCUCUGUCCAUGAUCUAUUUAAUAAAGCACAUUACCUGUUCCUCAA